ACGGUCUCCUGCUUGCUUUAGGGCUAGAAUGUUCACUUCUCGACUGAGUACCUCCAGUUUGCGACUUGUACGUUGCCGCAUCUUUCCUCUUCCUUCACCCCCUUUGACAUCCUUCCUCUCUACUUCUCUGCUCUGUCGUUUCCCUGCUUUUACUUCUUCAAUGGACAGCUCGGGUUUCCGCAAGUCUUCUUUAUCCUCCUCUGACUUUGGUCAUUCCAAUCGAAGCGGUGGUAGAGGAAGAGGGAGAGAAUGGGACAAUAAUGAAAGAUCAGGAGCCCGAGGCGGUGGUGCUGUCAGCUCCGGCAAAGAUAAAAUUGAUGCUCUUGGGAGACUCUUGACACGCAUUUUGCGGCACAUGGCCUCUGAGCUAAACUUGAAUAUGAGGAAUGAUGGGUAUGUGAAGGUGCAGGAUCUGUUAAAGCUAAACUUAAAAACAUUUGCGAACGUCCCAUUGAGGUCACACACAGUUGAUGAUGUCAAAGAGGCAGUACGGAAGGAUAAUAAGCAAAGAUUCGGUCUGUUGGAAGAGAAUGGAGAACUUCUGAUACGUGCUAACCAGGGCCACACAGUAAAGAUAGUUGAAACUGAGAGCUUAUUGAAACCGAUCCUUUCAGCUGAUGAAGUUGCAGUUUGUGUACAUGGCACUUAUAAGAAGAAUUUGGAAUCAAUUUUGGAGCAUGGACUCAAACAGAUGAAAAGGUUACAUGUCCAUUUCUCAUGUGGCUUGCCAACAGAUGGGGAAGUAAUUAGUGGAAUGAGGCGAGAUGUUAAUGUCCUCAUCUUUCUUGAUGUGAGAAGAGCUCUGGCAGACGGGAUGAAGCUUUAUAUCUCAGACAACAAAGUUAUCUUGACGGAGGGGUUUGAUGGUGCGGUGCCUGUGAAGUACUUUGAGAAAGUAGAAUCAUGGCCAGAUAGAAAACCUUUGCCAUUAUAGAUUGGAAUGUCACUUUUUUCCUUCAUUCCCUUUUGCAUCCUUCUUUCUUUUUACUCCCUUGCACUGCACCUACUCUCCGCUUCCUGGAGAAAAAAGAAAGAGAUAAAUUUGUAGCAGGUCAUAAUGCUCUUUGUUCUCUGCUAUUUUCCUUACUAAGAUCCGUUUGAAUCAGAUAUGACUAGUUUGGUGAUCAGACGCAUCUGCACUGCAGUGCAGCUUUGAUAUUAUUUUAUCGAUUUUUUGGUUAACUCUUCUUGAAGGAGAAGCAUAUAUGAUAUAUGCAGCUUUCUAUCCGCCACAACUGACAUGGAAUGUAAUACAUGAAUAACAAUAGUAAGUUAAAACG